UCCGAAGGCACCACGCUGAAAAGCGCCCAAGAAAAAAAAGGAUGGGCGGCUUUCCCGUUAUUCACAGCCGUUCAGGCCUGAGUGAAGUUAAAUGGCAGCGCCGUUUUCGCAGGGGGGCAGCGCCGAGCCUCCUCCUCCAUCCUUGCACGGAGCGCCUCGAAGCCCCCGGUCCACUUUUAGGAAGGGCGUUGCGUCCAGCAGCGUUGUGCGCUCUCGGCUGCGGUCCUUGCCCUGAGAGCAACCCCCACUGAGCUCAGCAGGGACUGCCUUAGGAGAAGGCGCGCGUAGGCCGCCGCCGCCGCCGCCUUCCCUAGCCCCGGACGGAACCAGCCCCCCGCCUUCCCAGGAGAGCCCCUCGCUCUCCAGCCUCCAUCUUUGAAUCGGGCAUGAGAAAAACCUUCAGGCCUUUAAAACGGAGAGAGGGGGGCGCUGCGCUCUUUUAGCUCCGCCAUCUUCGUAACGGGAAACGUGCGGGCGCCUCUCUCAUGCCUUGUGAGGGCAGAGGGCGGGGCCUCCGGGAGGAGGAGGAGGAGGCGGUUGUUGUUUGGAGGAGGAGGGGGCCCCAUAAGUGUGUUGGGGAGGGUCAAAGGAUGACGAACAUGGCGGAUAACCACAAGGAGAGCUGGGCGGCCCUGGUUGCUGCAGCAGAACAGUACCGGCGUCAGACAGGCAAUGAGAUAGUGCUGCUCACCGCCUUCAGGGCCCCACCCCCUGGUGGCUUCAGCUACGCACAGCAUGGAAGUGGGGCCCUGGCUGAUGCCGUUCAACGCUACCUCGAAGAUAUCGCGGUGGUUCACAAGACCACUGCCUUUACCUAUGCUGCCCGUCCUCCUUCUGCCCCUCGCCCAGGUCCCACCAACGGGUCUUACUCCAGGAGCUGCCCCUCUACCAAUGCUUCAGAUGAGCCUGCCCCACACAGGACACCUACCCCCCAGGGGCCCUUGCCCCAGGCUUCUGGAGGCCAGGAGCCCGAAGAGGAUGACGAUGAAGGAGACAGGAACACAUUGACAGAAUUGGAGCAGCCAGGUUUGUUUGUGAUGGACGAGGAUUCUCCAAGCCAGGAAUAUGAGCCUUUCUUUGACUCUGAUCUGGAGAGCACUGACGAUGGGAGUCUAAGUGAGGAGGCUCCUGGCCAGACAGCCCCUCCACCCCUCAGCCAUCAGUAUGCCAAGUCGCUGCCUGUCUCAGUGCCUAUCUGGGGCUUCAAGGAGCAACGGCAAGAAAUGCGAUCCUCCGAUGAAGAGAACAGCAAGCAUUCAUCCCCCGACCUGGAGAAAAUUGCCGCCAGCAUGCGAGCUCUGGUGCUGAGGGUGUCAGAUGGCACAGAGAUGUUUGGGGACCUGCCUCGGCCGCGCCUCAACACGAGCGACUUCCAGAAGCUACAGCGGAAAUACUAAUGGAUCUGGUGGCCCUUUGUCCUGCGCCCCUUCCUCAGUUUGUGCCCUUUUUUUCUCCUCACCCCCCCCCCCAAUCCAAAUCGGUGGACAGGGUUGGAAGCUCCCCUCAAGCCAUACAGCUCGAAUUCCCCCUCUCUCUUCUCCCGCCCUACCCUUCCUGAGCUCCCACAAGCUUUAAAUUAAAGUGAUAACCUCAAUCUCUACACUACAGCUGGGGUGGAGGGUCCAAUUGCCUCCCGUUCUCUCCACGCCAGAAAUUCUGUCCCACUUUCCCCUUCUAUCCUAUCUAAUUGAAGGAGGUACAGUUGUUUGGGUUUUUUUUUUCUGAGAGGGGUCCCUGACACAUAGAAGAGGGAAACGGAACACUACGGACAGAUACUGACAUAAAAUACACCCCCAUAUCUGUUCUUGCCACCACCGUCAACCCUUCCGAUCUACCCCAGCAUCUGGCUGCAGUGGGUUCCCUUGGUCAGUUCCCCGAGCCCCCCCCCCCGUUUUUGCUUUCUUCCUCCCAAAAUAAGUGUCUUAAAAUAUCCUUUGCACAUAAGCUGGGUUUGUCUAUACACUUGACCUAACCGACCCUUUGUAGAGCAGGGCAGCAAUGGUGGGGGAAGGAAUCCUGUCGUUUUGUGCUCACCCCACCUCCUGCCCCCCACUUUCCCCAUGCAUAGCCCUCUCCCAAUUUCCAGGAGCGGUACUUCAGGGUCCUUUUUUCCCUCUUGGGGGGAGGGGUGGUGCAAAGGUGGGGCUGCUCUCACGGCAGGCGGGAUGUAAAAGCGGCUCUAGGAGUCACCUACACCCCUCCGUUUAUCUCCCACCCACCCCCUUCGCUGCCCCAGCAUAAUACUUUUGUAUAAGAUUUUUCAAGGGCGCUUUGUGGCCCUGGCCCUCUAUUUUUGUCCAAAGAUGAUUGGUGAAUUGGAAGGGAGAGGAUGUACUUUUUUUCUCCUUCCUGCAAACCUACAAGCCAAUAAUAAGAAUAAAAAAGCUGUCUUUUACCAACUC